UGCAUUUAGAUUUCUGUUUGAGUGUUUCACAAAGUGGCAGAAAAACCUGAAAUAUGGGUGCAGUUACAGUUGAUUACUACUCUAAAUGAUUAAAAAAUGUUCUUUAAAAAGUCAGUCAGGAGAGAAGUGAUUUAAGAGAUUGUCUCUUUUGCUGAUAGGUCACCAGCACUGUUGAAUGGAAUGGAAUCCUUUGCUAGUAGUAGCAAGUUAAGUUCAUUAGCAGCUACUCAUGCACUUUAAGGUAUCUGCAGGCAUGGUCUAUGAAAAAAUAGUACUCACUUAGCAUGCUUUUCAUUACAAGGAGCAUCCCUUUUUUGAAUAAUCUUGACUUAAUGUCAGUGGUUCUCUGUGUUUAAGCCAUAAUAAAGUAUAGAAUAGAUGAGUAGAAUAUAGAAGAGUGCUUGCCACAAUUUGGGAGUUACUAUGUUCUGACCUCUGUGGCUGCAAGGAGCUCAUUAUUUUCUGUAACUCUACAGUUUUUAAGUUUUCAGUUUUAUCUAAGCAUGUGAGCAGUUUUGAGUUACUUUGAUGUUACUGUCAAUUGGCUAAUCAUUCAUCACUGACUCUAUGAAAUAGGAUUUGCACACUAGCUCAUGUCCAAGUUAUCAUUAAAUGUGCCAGUUUAAUUUCCAGUUUCUGUCAGUGUUUGUUUUCAAUCCAAGUUUUAUGUAGUAGUAAUCCUUUUGGGAAAUUAGCCUGACUGAUAUUAAUCUUGGGUUCUCUGUGUGAAGUCGGGAGUCAGGCAUGGUUAGCAUAGUUUAGCAUACCUAAAAUGCCUACCAACAUGAAACUCAGUAGUUAAUAUGUUGUACUUCAUUUGUUUAAUCUACAGACAAAAUGUGAAAACAAGGAUAGAAAUGUAAACAGGUUUUGAUUUUAGAGGGAGUGGUAAGUCAGUGUAGUGACUGAGCACAGCUUCAGAGUCUUGUCCUUACAGUGAGGUUGCCAGGUUUGAUACCAGCAGGAUUGAACAGAAAACAAGAUCUGACUGUUCUGAGUCCAUUUAUUACUUUAUUUAUUCGGGGUCUCAUCAUGACAUAAUCAUCUGAAUUCUCUUCUAUUCUUGAUCAUUACAAGUGGAACUCAGGAGCAUACACUGCUGAGGGACUUGGGUCAUGGAUCAUCAUCCCUCAAGCCAACAUAGUCAACGCAGCCACAACUCUAGCUUUCAGUGGCUUUCUUUUGCUUACCAGGACCUGACAGAAAUCCCAUAUAAAAGCAUUCUAACUCAGACUGAUACCCUGGAGGUGCUGGACCUCAGUUAUAAUCUGCUGGAUGACCCUUACUGGAACCCGGCUCUGCUAGGUCAGCUGGAGAAGCUCAGUACUCUGAUCCUGGACUGCAACAACUACACGUCUCACAUCAAGUUCCCCUACAUGCCAAGUGUCACCACAGUGUGCAUAAACAAGAACAAGAUCAACAAUCUGCCUGUGUUUGUGGAAGAAAUACGACGAAAAUUCCCAAACAUAAAGAUUCUCAGCAUGAUGAACAAUGAGGCAGCACCCAGCUAUUUCAAUGGAGGAAGUUUGACCCAGUACAAAGACUACAGACAGUACGUCAUCAGUCAGAUCCCAGGCCUGGAGAUUCUGGAUGACACUGAGGUCCUGGAGAAGGAGAGAACCGAGGCUAGAAAAACCUACAGGCUGCAGAAGGGCAGCCACAGCAGCAGAAACAGGAAGGAGGAGUCCUCAAAGAAGCAGACACACAUGCAGAAAAGGUCAAAUACUUUCAUAAGACAUUAGAAUGUACUAUGUUUUUGAAACUUUCUUUCAACCUCAGCUUAGAAUGUUACACUGUCCAUAUUCUAUUCUAACAUAUAUUUCAAACUACAGGAUGUUUACACAUACACUACUCCCAAAAAGUUAGGGAUAUUCCACUUUCAGGUGAAAUUUCAAAAUGCACCUAAAAUGCACUAUAACCUUUACAGGCAAGCUUAAUUUGACCUUCUCAAAACUUUUAAAUACACAUGUCCAACUGAUCCA